AUGGCCUCCAACGACUCAAAGCCACUCCGAAUCGGAGUCCUUCUGACGUACUCAGUUCAGCUCCUCGACCUAGCAGCCGUUGACCUCUUCGGUAUGAUGUCAAAGGACUACAUCACCGAAAUCGACGUCCUUCCUCCAAACAUUGCUAGCUUGGGACUACCAUGCACAGCAAACAUCGGCAUCAGGCUCACUGCCUCGAUCCAUGACGCCUCUGUUUCUGCGGAUAACCUUGAUAUAUUAGUGAUACCAGGACCAGACCCGAAGUUUGUUCCGGACGAGUCUGUAUGCGCCUUUGUCAAGGCACAUCACGAUGCUGGGAACGACAUCUUAGCGAUCUGCACUGGCAGCUAUAUUGCCGGAUACGCCGGCAUUCUGGAUGGGAAAAGCGUUACUGGUCCGAGAGGGUUGAUAUCCGAUUUGGAGGUGAAAUUCCCCAAGGUGAAGAAGUGGGACAGCACACGAAGAGUAUCGAAAGAUGGAAAUGUCUGGACGAGCGGUGGAGUAACAAAUGGCAACGAUCUCGUAUCCGCCUACCUUCGAGAGCACUAUCCGCUGCCCUUGGUGAACGCCAUCCUGUCUAUAGCUGAUGUGGGCGAACGGCAGAUCGAGUACGAAUCAAAGUGA